UAUAAUAAGUUAAAAUUAAAUUCGAACGUAUAUAUAUACAUAUGCACCGAAAUAUUUACAUACUUAAGUAAGCAACGACUACAUAUAUGCAACAUAGUAACGGCAAUAUAACAAACAAAAAUGAGGACACAAGCGAUUUGUGAAACAAAUUUAUACGUGUAUAUACACAAAUCCAGCGGACAGUGCAAAAUUCGCAGUUAUAAGUCAUGGCCGAUGAAGAUGAGAAUAAGCAAAAGAAGCAUACUAUCGAAAGUCUCUUCCACUUAUAUGCAAACAAUAAUAUCAACACCUUAGACUUGGAAAAUGAGGUAUACGAAACCAUAUUAUUGUCCCAGAUAGAUUUUUGGUUGGAUCAAGCAAAAUUAUUAAAAACGGCAUUCACCAUGACCGACACUGGCAUGGCUUAUAUGAAAUUCAAAAAAUGGCGUUUAGACUUCGAGGAAUUUUUGGAUUUUUUAAACAUGAUUUGUCAGGGUAAAGAAAUUAAGAUUGAUGACGUUAAAAAAGCGCUACUCGAGGCUGGUCCGCCUGGCGGAGGCACUGAAAUUGUUGUCGUGAAAUAAGUAAUUUAUGAGUACAAAUAUAAAAUAAUGGAUCUAAUUACUCAAAUAAUUUCCUUCCGAGUGGAAUCGCAGCAUUUUAAAGUAUCACAAGGUUGAACAUUACGCUACCCCAUGCUAAAAAUUA